ACCCCAGUUCCCUCUCCACGCCCCCAGCCCUUCCCCAGGCUCUUUCGGGGCGGGGCGGGGCGGGGCGGAGCGGGCUGGUUCCUUGCGUGGCAGGCCGAGGCUCCCGAAGUUUCCAGUAUUCCCUGCAGCUAUCCCUCCUAGCUUUGUCCCCGACAGCCAGCGGUUCGGGCUCCCUGGUGAGCGAGCCCCCAAGCAGCCAUCCCGGCCGCCUGUCUACCUGAGCUGGGAGCCCUCCGACCGCCAGGAUGCGGCCCCUGCUGCUGGGGCCGCUGCUGGCCCCGCUCUGCUGGCUCAUCCUGGCCGAAGCCAAGAGCGAUCUGAAGCCAGAGGACAAUCUAUUGGUUCUCACGGUGGCCACCAAGGAGACGGAGGGAUUCCGGCGCUUCAAGAGGUCAGCCCAGUUCUUCAACUACAAAGUCCAGGUACUUGGCCUUGGGGAGGACUGGCAAGGUGGAGAGAAGGAGACAACCUUGGGAGGUGGGCAGAAAGUCCGGCUCCUGAAGGCUGCUUUGGAGAAGUAUGCAGACAAGGAGGACCAGGUCAUCCUCUUCACAGACAGCUAUGACGUGGUGUUUGCAUCUGGCCCCAAAGAGCUCUUGAAGAAGUUCCGGCAAGCCAAGAGCCGGGUGGUCUUCUCAGCUGAGGAGCUCAUCUAUCCUGACCGCAGGCUGGAGGUCAAGUAUCCCCAGGUCCAUGAUGGGAAGAGGUUCCUAGGCUCUGGAGGCUUCAUUGGCUAUGCCCCAAACUUAAGCAAGAUGGUGGCCAGCUGGCAAGGCCAGGACAGUGACAGCGACCAGCUCUUUUAUACCAAGAUCUUCUUAGACCCGGAGCAGAGGGAGAAGAUCAACAUUACCCUGGACCAUCGCUGCCGAAUCUUCCAGAACCUGGAUGGAGCCUUAGAUGAAGUGGUACUCAAGUUUGAGACAGCUCAAGUCCGAGCGAGGAACCUGGAGUACGACACCCUGCCCGUCCUGAUUCACGGCAACGGGCCCACCAAGCUCCAGUUGAAUUACCUGGGGAACUACAUCCCUCGAUUUUGGACUUUCGAGACGGGCUGCACCGUGUGUGAUGAGGGCCUGAGGAGCCUGAAGGGCAUUGGGGAUGAGGCUCUGCCCUCGGUCCUCAUCGGGAUUUUCAUAGAACAGCCCACUCCGUUCCUCUCCCUGUUCUUCAAGCGGCUCCUGAGCCUCCGGUACCCCCGGAAACAGCUUCGACUCUUCAUACACAAUCACGAGGAACACCAUGAAGAUCAGGUGGAGCAGUUCAUAGAAGACCAUGGCAGCGAGUACCACACAGUCAGCCUCGUGGGCCCGGAGCAGCGGAUGAAGAGUGCCGAUGCCAGGAACAUGGGCGCGGACAUGUGUCGCCAGGACCGAGGCUGUACCUAUUACUUGAGCAUGGAUGCUGAGGUGGCCUUGACCAACCCAGAUACCCUCCGGCUUCUGAUAGAGCAGAACAAAGCUGUCAUCGCCCCCUUGGUGAUCCGUGCAGGGAGGCUGUGGUCCAAUUUCUGGGGGGCCCUGAGUGCUGAUGGUUACUAUGCCCGCUCUGAAGACUAUGUGGACAUCGUCCAAGGGCGACGUGUUGGUGUCUGGAAUGUUCCCUACAUUUCCAGCGUCUACCUGAUCAAAGGCAGCACCCUGCGGGGCGACCUGCGACAGAAGGACCUGUUUCACAGCAGCAGGCUGGACGCUGAUAUGGCUUUCUGCUCCAAUGUCCGUGAACAGAAAGUCUUCCUGUUUGUGACCAACCGGCGUUCCUUUGGCCGCCUGCUGUCUGUGGACAAUUACCAAACAACUCACCUGCACAAUGACCUCUGGGAGAUCUUCAACAACCCAGAGGACUGGAAGGAGAAAUACAUCCAUGAGAACUACACAGAGGCCCUCAAGGGGAAGCUGGUGGAGACGCCCUGUCCGGAUGUGUACUGGUUUCCCAUCUUCACGGAAACGGCCUGCGAUGAGCUCGUGGAGGAGAUGGAGCACUUUGGCCAGUGGUCAGCUGGUGAUAACAAGGACAGCCGAAUUCAAGGUGGCUAUGAAAAUGUCCCAACGAUUGACAUCCACAUGAACCAGAUCAAGUUUGAGAGAGAAUGGCACAAGUUCCUGGUGGAAUACAUCGCACCCAUGACUGAGAAACUCUACCCAGGAUACUAUACCAGGGCCCAGUUUGAUCUGGCCUUCGUGGUUCGCUACAAGCCAGAUGAGCAGCCCUCCCUGAUGCCACACCAUGAUGCAUCCACCUUCACCAUCAACAUCGCCCUCAAUAGAGUGGGCGUGGAUUAUGAGGGUGGAGGCUGCCGGUUCAUCCGCUACAACUGUUCUGUUAGAGCCCCCCGAAAAGGAUGGACCCUCAUGCAUCCGGGCCGACUCACCCAUUACCAUGAAGGGCUCCCAACGACCAAAGGAACUCGAUACAUCGCCGUCUCUUUUGUUGACCCUUAAGAGCCCAGACUUUGUCACCGUGGACAUUUCCCCUUUUCUGAUCAGGCCAGGGGUCCUCCAUGACUGACCCCUGGCUAACUUUGGCUGAGCCUCAGGGCUCUUCUCGUCCUUCUUUGAGACUAAAAGCCCAGGAUGGGAAUUGGAAUGGAUUGCCUCCCACUCGGUGCCCACAUCAUUUUCCACAAUGCUGUGGCCUGUUGGCUCUGGGAGAUACCCUUUGCCUUAAAGACUGCCCUUUCCCGUCAUUGUUUUCCUGAGAUGCUUUCCUACUGCUCCUUAGGAACUGAGUAUCCCCCAAAUUCUGCUGGGGACGCCGUGGAGCUGAGUAGGUUCCAAGAAGCGCUGAGCUAAGGCCAAAAAGGGAGACUGAACCUUGGAGUGCCCCCGGCACAGGACCCCCACUCCUGGGCACCACUAUCCUCUUCACGUCCUCCCGCCCAGCUCAGUUAGCCCGCUCCUCAGACUUCCUGCUUCUCAUCACAGACCAAAUCUGAUGGGUAGCAUCAAACCCAUCUCUAAUCCUCUUGCCAAGGAUGGGCCCAAGUGUUCACCCCCAUAUCAGCCCUUGCCAGGAUCAAGGAGACAGGCAAGGGAUCUAUUUAUGUUUCAGAUCAGUCCCUGCAUUGGCUGGUCAUCCUCUGAAGAAUGGGGGACCAGGGCUGGUAUACACACACACACACAGAGCUGCAUUUUCAUUCAUUCAUUCACUGGCUGGCUCUUUGGCUGACAUGGACAGUUCAAAACAACAGUCUUUAACAUUAAAACUUAACAAAACCAAUGAUGAGAUCUUC